AUGGGUCUCUUCAACCGGAAAUCCAAGGCUCCCGCAAAAGAAAAAAGCACGGCGAGAAUCGAUGCCGCAGAGAAGGCCAACGGCACCAAUGGCUCGGGUGAAGCUCCUCCCCAUCCUGCCACCUCCAACGGAGGCCUCCCCCAAUUCAACCAUAACGGCCACCGAGUCACACGAGGGAUCAAUCCCGAUGGCGAGAGCGGACGCCGCGGGCUCAAUCCAACCCAUUUUGCAAGGAUUGCCUGGAGAUCGUCAUGUGGUGCGUCUCGCAUCGUCAAUGUCCUGUGGCCCUUCGUCCCCGCCGCGAUUGCCCUGCACUUCAUCAAUGGCGACCACCAUCUGUGGACAUUUGCCAUCAACUAUAUCGCCAUGAUCCCCGCGGCCAACCUUUUGGGGUUUUCUGGUCAGGAGCUCGCCAGAAAGAUGCCUAGAGUCGCGGGUAUCAUCAUUGAGACCAUGCUUGGCGGUGUGGUUGAGAUUGUCCUGUUCAUGGUCUUGAUUGCCAAAGACAAUGGAAGUGGCGAGCCCGGUCAUGGGAAUAAGAUCGCCGUGAUCCAGGCCGCUAUUCUUGGAUCCAUCCUCACCAACUUGCUGCUCUGCCUGGGAUUCUGUUUCUUGGUGGGCGGCAUGAAGCACAAGGAGCAGAAGUUCCACCCAGCGAUCAGCGAGGUGGGAUCGGGCUUGCUUUUGGUCGCUGGAUUUGCUCUGUUGAUCCCAAGUGCCUUCUUCUCCUCGCUAAGUGGAAGCACGGUCCCCGCUGGCGACGAAGGCUAUACCGAGGAGUCCCUUCGGAGAGACACAAACAGCAUCAGUCACGGCGUUUCCAUCAUCCUCAUUGUCUCGUUCCUUCUUUACCUUCUUUACAACUGCGUCUCUCAUGAUAACAUCUUCGAAGAAGUCCUGGAAGCCGAUGAGUUGGCUGAUAGAGACAGGCACAAGGAUCUCACCAAGGCUAAACUCACCAUGACGGAGUGCGUCAUCGCAAUUCUCGUGUCACUUGCCUUUAUCUCGCUUAUUGCUGUCUUCUUGGUGGAGGAGAUCGAAUAUGUCGUGGAGCAUGGUGUUCCGGACAACUUCCUGGGUUUAAUCCUUGUCCCGCUGGUCGAGAAAGCUGCCGAGCACAUCACCACCAUCGAUGAAGCACGUGACAACCAAAUUAAUUUCGCUCUUUUCCAUUGCCUGGGCCCCUCAUUAAUGACAGCCCUGUUCAACGCUCCACUCGUCGUCAUCGUCGGAUGGGGUCUACACAAACCAAUGGACUUGAAUUUUGAGAUCUUUAUGGUUGUCCUGCUUGUCCUCUCCAUCUUGGUGGUCGGCAACUUCUUGAGAGAUGGAUCCUCCAACUAUCUCGAAGGCGCUCUGCUCGUCAUUGUCUACAUCAUCAUCGCAGUGACCGCCUGGUACUAUCCCAAUUCAGAGUUAACCACCUCGAAUGGUCGUACCCCUACUGAAGGGGCUCAGACCGUGGAGCACGCGAUUAGGAUGUUGAUGCGCUGA